UCUCUUUUCUAUCCCAUAGAUGGUGCCACUUUUGUAGAACUUUUGUUUACAUUUUGAAAAGAAACAAAAUUUUCUUUUAAUUAAUUUUUUUUUGUUGGUCAAUUUUCUCCUAAUUACAAUUAAGAUAUUGUCCUCUGAUUGGUAGCUGAUUACAAAAUGACCAACAUUAGACCAUUCAAAUGUGAAGAUCUCUUUAAAUAUAAUAACAUUAAUUUAGAUCCAUGGACUGAAACAUAUGGAUUAUCUUUUUAUCUACAAUAUAUCGGUCAUUGGCCUGAAUAUUUUCAAGUUGUUGAAGCUCCUGAUGGUCAACUCGUUGGAUACAUCAUGGGUAAGAUUGAAGGAACUGGUGAAUCUUGGAGAGGUCAUGUCACUGCUCUAUCAGUAGACCAUGUGUAUCGACGACUGGGUAUUGCAGCCAAAUUAAUGAGAGGUCUUGAAGAAAUUUCGGAAAAAAAAGAAGCUUACUUUGUUGAUUUAUUUGUUCGAGUAUCAAAUAAAGUGGCCGUCGAUAUGUACACACGAUUAGGAUACAGUGUUUAUCGUAGGGUUAUUGACUAUUACAUUGGUGAUCCUGAUGAAGAUGCUUUUGAUAUGCGGAAAGCGUUAUCCAGAGAUAAAUUGAAGAAAUCAAUAAUACCCUUGCCCCAUCCUGUCAGACCCGAGGACUUGGAUUAACUUAAAUCCCGAGAUGAAAAGUUGAUCAAUCCAAUUGUCCCAACUUUUGAUCAAAAAAGAUUUUGGUGCUUUUGUAUUAAUAAUUUGUAAAAAUUUCAAUCAUCUCUGUGACUUUCCCAAAACAAUUGCCUGAUUAAUUUAAAACGAGAGGAAGACGAAACAAAAUCAACGAGGAAAAAAAAGACAUUUCUUAAUCUGCCUUCAAACAAAAAUUGAAAGUUCAAGACUCAUUGUGAUAAUUAACUAAUUUUGAAACAAUUUCGAUUCACAAACUUCAAUCUAAUCGUUUUCCGCGUUUAUGAAUAAAUUGAGCUGAACGAAAAACAA